AUGACGGACGAGGUGUCGCUCAUGUCAGCGUUGGUCACCUUUAUCAUGUGCAGCCUACUGCUGUUGGCGGUGUUGCUGGCGGUCGCGUCAGUAGAGGGUGCGAAGGAGGGCUCCAUCGAGCGAAAGCUGAACAUCGAUCCGGCCCUUCGCAAAGCGCUGCUCCGCGCCCUACGCCACCUGAAGGAGCGCCAAGAGGAGGAGAAGCAGGAGCAGCUGUUAGGAGAUGCUAACACGACCGAGGAGAACUUCGCGACCACCAUUUUAGAUGAGCUACUCGAGGAGAGCACGGUUGCGGAUGGACAGGCGCGCACUCGUGAUCAGCCUGCGGGAGACUUCCGGACGUACGUGGCAUCAGAGGACGAUCGGGACACCAUCGAAGGAGAAGUGGAGCAGCGCGAGACAGGCCUAGUGACAGUUGGAUCAGCUGACGCGAACGAGAUCAUCAAAACGAUCAUCAUCGCAAAGCCAAAGACGACACUUGGUGUGCCGAAAUCGGAAGCAGAGAACGAAAUCGUUCCGCAGAGUGUGACUGAGCAAGGCCCUGUAGAUACGACAGAAGCACUUUCGGCCUCUACGCGAAGCUCCACUGGGCCAACAACUACUUCCGUGCCCGUUUCAACCACUGCUGCCCCUACACACAACGAGGAUGGCGAGAAUAUUGAGCGAGUCAAAUCGGAGGAUGUCAAAAUAUUCCAGGCUCCGCUUGUAGCGGCCUUCACCGUACAGCAGGAUCAACUAGGAGUACCGCGUAAUGUUAUUCCACUGCUUCAAACCCCUCCGAAGCAGAAGUCACCAGUACAGUCGGACUUCAAGCCAUCUCCAGUGAACCUGUCUGGGGGAGCUACUACUACCACUCCGUCAGCUUCACCGGGAGUUCCCUCGAAUCAACCACUGUUGGCACCAUUGGCUCCAGCUUCUUCACUCGGUCUGAGUACACGCGCCCUGGAGGAAAAGACGCGCCAGCUCGAGCAACAGUUGAUCGCCCUACAGAACCAACAACGCGCACAGGAGCAAUUGUUGCGGGCGAAAAUCCAGCAGGAGCAAGCCAUCAUCCAGCAGCAGCAGCAGCAGUUACAGCAGCAGAAGCAACGUCUAGAGGAGGAGACUCGCCUGCGCAUCCAACGUUUCGAACAGGAACAACGCCUGUUCCGACAGCAGCAGCAACAGUUCCAGCAGCAGCAACAGCAACAGCAGCAGUUCCAGCAACUUCCACCUUCUGCACAGCAGCUACCUCCCUUCAAACCACAGCCCUUGCCUCUCCAGCAGCAGUCACCGUCGGUACCACUUGCGCCUCAACCAACCUUCGUGCAAGAGCUACCUCGGCCGGGACCAGCUGUGCAAUUCAUCCCAAGCGUCAGCCUGCCGGGCGGUAAGCCCAUCCCGAUCUCGGUGGAGCAGCAGCUUCCCUUCAAGGAAGCCGUCGACUUCCAGCCGCAACAGUCGCAGCAGCAGUUGCCUCCACCAUCACCGCAGCAACCGGCAUUGAACCAGGGCACCAAGGUUGCGACCUCUGUCGAGCAGGUGAAGGCUCUAAGCCAGUCACCUCAGCUGGCUCGCGAACAAGCUCUUCCAGUAAAGCCUUUCCAACCGUUCAACCUGUUCCCUGUGCUACCGCCUUUGCUGAUCGGACCGAGUCCGUUCGAUCAGCAGCAGCUACCGCCUCUGCAGCAGCGUAACAGGGUGUUUCGCCAAGAGCCCGUCACUGGAAACUUUGGACUAAACGUCGGACCUGCAGGAGUACCUCCUCAGCAGCAGCAGAGCCCGCCCUUCCGACCAUCACAGCCUCUCUCUUUCGGUGGAUCGUCGCCGGUUCCACUUAGCGACAGCCAGAAUCUACAAAACCUGCUGUUCCAGUCGGGCAUCACGUCCCGCUCAGCGGAGGACUUCAACAUCAUCACGAAGGUUUUGGCUCUUAACCACGGCAUCCCGCAGGCCUCCUCCCAGCGCAUGUUUGCGAAGCUAACACCCGAACAGCAGCGCCAGCUACUCUUCCGGAAGUGA